CAACAUACUGUUGACAAGCCUUCUUCAAGAGGCGCAUCCAUGGAAAAUGGACGGAUAGACUAACUUUGUGAUAUAGACAAACAAGAAAGAUAUUUAAGUGUAAAGUCGUUGAGAGGACGCGGGGCUAACAUAGACGAAUACCAGCAUCUGGUUGAAGAAAAGCUUAGAAACUUCUUGACCUAUCACAAAUGAAGAGGUUUUCCAGUAUUUUGGAAUCAACAAGUAACUAAAAGGACUCGAAACGUCAGAAUCUGAGGUCUCUGAAACAACCUGUUUGAUUUGAGACCAACAGGCCAACUUGAAAAUCGUCUUAGCUGAUGUCUACACCAUCUGCAACAUCUCCGACAUCAACAGAAUGAGUUGAGCAUUAGAAGGAACAGCACAGUUUAAGAUCCCUUUCGAGAGACGUCUGCUUGGAACAAAAUCCUUCACAAGGAAGAAGAAGUCAACUCACCGUCAGUGAUAAUAGUUAGGGCUACGUAACUAACUUCUGUUCUUUUCAAGUGCUUGCUAACAGUCGCCAUGUUUAACAGUGCAGUACUAGUGUCUGUGAUGAAGGUAGCCAUGAUGACGCUGAUGAUCCUUGGGAUGGGAGUGGAGUCAGCACCCACCGAGAGAGGCUUUGUGAAACCUCCACAUCCUCUUCCCAGUCUUGCUCAUGCAUCAGCUGUACCAGAGAAGUCUCCAGCACUAAAUCCAAGCCAGUACCUGAAACACUGGUUUCUGAGUACCAAAGCAGCCGGAGUGGACUCGAGAAUCACUGAUGGAACUACUACAGGGACUAUCACCGCUGGCAUCAGGGCAGGACGAUUCAAGGCAAACCCCAGCACAGCUGGUCCGGAUAAAAGAGCCCAGAUGCUGAAGAUGAUCUCAGCCCUGGAGGAGCUGCACAGGAUGUUUAACAGCACACUGAGCUCACGGAUCACCAUCAUGCCACGAGCAAACGGCAGAAAUUCAGGGAAAAAGAAUAAAGCGCUUCCUGCUGCCGAGGGAGGGGCGAAGCCAUCCACCACCGUGGCCCCAGCAGUAGUCGACAGCACUGCGUCCAGAGCGAGCGCCGACGCCAUCGUCCCCAGUCUGACUGGUCGAAACUUCAAGAAGUCCCUCCCACCGCAGACCAAGAAGACCAACAAAAGAGUGUGUUUCUGGAAGUACUGCUCCCAGAACUGAAUGUCUCUCCCUCAGAGUUGACCUUUCUACCGCUGAUCUUCAUCCUCCUCUCCCACCCAUCGUUACUUGAAAUAUAAUUACCUGUCUUUUGAUUUUGGAAUGUGAAAUACAUUUCCUUGAAUUGGUCAGUUCUAAUUUCUUGUUGUGGUUACAGGCUGACGAAGUUAAAUGAGAAGACUGACAAGGCUAUAAACUCAUGACGUUAAAUAUGAAGCUGGAGCCAGCAGCUGCUUAGCCUAGCUUAGCAUUAAGACUGGAAACCAACAUUGCAUUGCCCAAGCAAGAAAUUGCACAUACCCCCUGUAACAAGAUCUUACUUAGUGAGCUUUAAAGGUGGAUUUUCUUACUUUUGGACAGAGCCAGGCAACCUGAUUCCCAUUCUCAUGCUAACUGACUGACCAUUCACAUACAACUUCUUGGUGACUGAAGAAGACACGACUGCUUUGACAAUUUGCCAUUUUUACACAGGUUUUUGUCAUUAAGAUGGUGGACUUUGUUUGGACUUGGCUAGGCUACCUGAUUUCUGCUGUUUACUAUCUUUAUGCUACACUAAGCUUGCUGGUUGUAGCUUCUUAUUUACCUUAAUAUUAUUGGUCUAAAAAUUUAGGAUGUUAAACAUUGCAGAUGUUGUCAUAUUGCUGGAAGUUUGCUUUCACCCACCCAUCCAUCCAUCCAUCCCUCCAUCCAGCCUUCCUCUCCUCUGGCUCUUCUGUGCCCUCUGAGCACUAGGAAACUGUUGCCAUGACACCAGAAGGCCCUGAACACCCCUCCAGCCUCACCCACCACACCGGCGCCAGCCUUAACUCAGACCUUUUCAUUCACUCGUUAAUUAACAAGACUGACCAAUCAAAGAAGACGAUGUGUGCUCAUGUGGGCACAUGAAAACCCCUGUUAACCCUUCAUUUUCCUUAUGAGACAGACACAUGUCGUUUGUUGAAUGUGUGCGCCAACUUCAAAAUAAAGCGGAUUUCUAGCAUGGCAAAAAGCCGCUGUGACAAUAAAGAUUGAUAUUUUAUUUUCAUACAGAUACACUCUCUUUAGUUGUUCAU